CGCAGCGAAGGAAAGGCGAGGCCCGCAGUAAGAGUGGCUCCGUGGAUGCAGUGCCCAAAAAUCAAGCAGUGAAAGGUGGUGCCGCCCAGAAAGGAGGAACACCUUCCAAGAACAACAAACAGGUAGCCAAGCCCUCGGCCCAGAAGACCCAGGUGAAGCAGGCGCCCUCCAAGGUGCAAGGGAAGGGAGGCAAAAAGGGCAAAAAGGGCCUGAAGCAUCAGCAAUACGACCUUAUUGUCACCAUAGAUCUGGUGGAAUAUGGACUAACAGAUGAUCUUGUGGCAGAAUUUAAGGAAGCCUUCAUGCUCUUUGACAAAGAUGAAGAUGGUUUGAUCACCACGGCUGAGCUAGGAGUAGUGAUGCGCUCUCUGGGACAACGGCCAUCAGAGACAGAACUGCGGAAGAUGAUGGGUGAGGUUGAAACUUGUUCAGAUGGAAUCAUCGAGUUUAACGAGUUCCUUCAGAUGAUGAGCAAGAAGCUGAAGGAUAUUGGCAACGAGGAAGAGCUCAAGGAAGCAUUCAAAGUAUUUGAUAAGAAGAAUUCUGGGUAUCUAUCUUCAACGGAACUACGUCACGUGAUGACAAGUAUGGGUGAAAAAAUGUCUGAGCAAGAGGUGGAGGACAUGAUCAAGGAGGCGGCACCCAAUGGUGAUGGCAAAGUGAACUAUGAAGAGUUCGUGAAUAUCAUUGCCAGAAAGCAUUAAGAUCCACCGGCCACCACAGCGUAACAUCGUGUACAUAGGGUUUUGUACUUUUGUAGAAUUAUUUCACCUGAUAUAUUUUGUUAAGACGUCAAAUACCCUAACACAUGGAAGGCUAACAAUGAGAACUGCACGUGGUGCUGCCAGCAUGUGUUAUCAGUUCCAUUUGUUAUAUGAUGUGCCCACUCUUAGAAAUAUAUGAGGGGUACUGGCAAAUUGAGUGUUACCAAAAGAUUUUUUGUUUCUGUAGCCCGUAUCAUUGUGAAAUUCCCCAUUGGAGAAAUGACGAGGAUGUAUGUGCUACUGUUCUCUGAUAACCACGAUGGUCCAUUGUCAGCCUUCUGUAUUGAAAAUCAAAAGAAUCUUUAUCACUAAUAGACAAACCUUUACCUCCAAGUGUGAAAGAGGAAAAGUUUUGUUUUUACAGAAUACAGGAGGAAUGAAAGAAUAGAAUUGUUGACACAUAGAUACCAAUGAAGAGACCAAAUUAAGAUGAAAAUGGUUGAGUUGUGAGGCAAGAGUUUCCUUACGAACAUAAGUAUGGCAAUAGGUAAGUGCAAUUACCAUUAAUGGGUGGUUGUCGCAUCUUUUAAAAAAUUCCGACUUCAUCCAUUUUACUUUGACUUCUACAAAAACUGAAAAGGGAGAGAUAAUACCUUAUGUGCUAAUUUGUUAAGCUCUAGUGGAAAAUACUGUUGAAGUGCAUUAUAUGAUUUAUAUAUAAAUAUAUAAUGUAUAUAUAUAUAUCAGAGUCCUUAUAUAAUUUUGAUUGCAAAAUCAUAUUGUAGAAUUCUAGGGCGUGAUCAUUGUUUUAUUGUUGUUAUGUAUUUAAUAAAUUAGACAAAUAUCAGAGUGAUAUAAAUUUUUAUAAAAAAAACAGUUGAAGAAAAUUAUUCACUUUGCUUUUCUUAUAGUGAAAUCUAAUCCAAGAAAGUAAUAUUUUGUUGAUAAGCAAUACAAAAUUACAGUAAGACGUUACUAUUCCAAGGCUUCCAGAGACGGCGCGGCCUUCUAAGCAUCCUUGCCCGUCAUCACAACCACGCACAAACUCCAUGUUGUUUUCAACUCCUGUCACUUCUAUAGAAGCACUGAAAUCAUCGAAUCUUGAAAUAAUAAAAGGAAAUGGGGAAAACUUUGACUUUUAAAUCAGUACAACUUAAUAAAAAAAAAACGCUACUGUUACUAAAUGACUGUUUUGAGUGUCCAACACAAACUACCAGAUUUACAAUUGAAAACAUUUAAGGUUAUCAAUAUGUGCAUAAUAUAUUCAGUUAUAUGUGCUAUGUGGAUAGCACAUAGAAGAGAUAUCAAAGAACUGGUCAAGUUUUGCCCUUCUCUAAAAACUCUUCAAGGUUCGAAACCCACUCUUUAACUUUGGCAUACAAGUCACACAAGUCAUCACUAAGGGCCUGUUUGAUAUGGUGACAUAAUCUGACGUAUGCUUACAUUCUGGAAUUUCCAAUAAUUUUAUGAAGUCUGCAAUUAUUUUAUCAAAAAGGACAGCUUGAUCGACAGAUUAUGUUAAGUGACAGUUCAUUCGUCUCAAAAUAAAUUACUUCAUCUUCACUCACCUCUGGUGUGUAAUCUCUCAACAGUUCACUCCCCUACUCAGGGUAAAAAUAUAGUUAUUUUAUCUCUUCAAGAAUACAGAUACCUCGAGAUUCACGAAACUCUCUCCCUGAACUAUUUUUAACUGAAAAAUAAUCUUGUAAAUAAUAAUGCUGCUGACGUCAGGAGUGUUCACUAGACUCUGACUCAAGAGAGAAGCCAGGAUAGGAAUCUCUGGUUGAUUGUGUUUGUAUGAUAUCCAGCUGGUACUAUGACUCCCUCUCUUUUCCUUCCUUACUUGUUUGUGCCCAGGUUCAGUACCCGACACAUAACCCAUGCCUAGUUUGGUUUUGGCAUUCAGCCAUUAUUACCUGCCAGUUUUAAGUCCCUCCAGCUAUAUACAUUCAGUGCUCUCAUUUCAUCACUUGGCAUAAAACCCAUCCGAGCCUAUGUUCAUUGAUUUGAUUACAUUCAAUGGCAGAACUGUCACUUCCCCAAUCGUACUUUCGAUAUCAUAACUUCAUUAAAACUAAGUUGUUUGAAUCGGUGUUCAAUAUAGAUAUAAAUAGAUAUAUGCGUUCUCUGUUGCUUCAUUAAAUAAAAAUAAUAGUUUCUGUGUUGUUGUUCCCAAAAGGUAAUGAGCUACUGUAUAGCUGAGACAUAUGAGCUUCUAAGAAAAACUUGCUAUGCAGUUGUGCACCGAGAGUAUUUUGCUAGCUGUACAUCCCAUAUUACCUAUAGAAAAGAUGUCCAUGGACUUCUUCAAUUUUAUAUUCGAUAAAUAUGUCAUAAUUUUCUGGCUCCAGAUGAGAAGAUGGUAUCUACAUACGAGUGAAAAGUAGUAUGGAUAUUAUAUGAUCUCAUUAAUCUUGCAUCCAGUGUAUAAUUAAUAAAGAAGGUGUUUAUGUCUUUGUGCUGUCAAAUGCUUAGCUACAAUUGUAUUUUUGUCCAGAACACAACACCAUGUUAGGUGUGUAGCUUUGUGGCAAGUAGAUCUGCACUACGAAUGAAUUAUCGAAAAUAAGUGGUAUUCUAUACCCCAAUUAACUUUUCAAUUUAUACAUAGUGUAGUUCCCAUCAUCUCUAAAGCCAAAAAAUUAUUGUCUAAAAGUGAAUGUCACUGGUUAUUUAUAGGAUGCUUACUUGAUGGUUACACCAACAUGUUGUAUUGAUGUUAUAGAGCAUAUUAUUAUUAUUAUUAUUAUUAUAGUGAGGGAACAUUAUACUGUACUAAUGAGGUUUUGUUUCUCUUUAAUUAGUUCUAUAAGUUACUCCUGCCUGGUGCAGGGACAUCUAUAUAUGCUGAAAUUAAACAAUUGGAUAAGUUUUAAGAUAGAUGUGAUGAUGCUGGUACAUGAGCUGGAGAAGAAAAAAGUAUUAUUGAAUAACAACAAUGACAGUUCAUUCUUUAAAUGUGGCUCAAACUCCUGCACCCCAUCACACAUCAGUAGUUGUACUCAAGGCUACCGCAGGUCAGUUCUUUCAUUGGUUUGAACAAGCUUUUAGUUUUAUCAAGUCCAUUGUGUUCUCAGAGAUCAUGUCUGUGGUAUCUGGGAACCCUAUUGUUAGACUAUAUGUUAGGAUAGCCUAACAUGCCUGCUGUUAGGUGACAUCAGAAAUUUGUAUGGUCUCAGACUCCAGAAUUAGAAGCUAUAGAAACUAAGCUAUUGAUUGACUAAGGUGAUGUAUGAUGUUUGUGUUGUCACCACACCACUGUUACUCUGGGCCUGGUUUUGACAGAAAUUAACAGUCCUCAGAAUAAAACGUCUUCAUAUUUUGAAGCUUGCUUAUUUUCUAAUUAUAUUUUUUAAAUUUAAACCAUGAAGUACAGUGCCACAGAACAAGCGACGCUAAAAGAAGGUUAUCAAGCUGCUCUUCUGCUUGGUAUGCUCUAAAUCAGCCUGCUGUUCAUGUUAAAAUUCUAGACUAAGUGGAAAAUUAGUAAAGAAUGUUAACAUGUUUUGUACAUAGGUAUUAAAAUACCAGUGUUGUGCAUAUUCAUAUUUCAUGGUAAUCAGGUCUAGAUUAAUAGUUUGGGUGUAACAGAUAAGUAUUUUUGGUGUGGAAGUAAAGUACUGUUGUGAGUAACCCAGUCAGGAAUGCCAAUGAUUAAAGGGUUGCAUCUUCGAGAAAAAUUUCAAAUUUGAUUUAAGUCAUUAGUAAUGCCCUUUGGUUGUGUAAGUUUAUAAUUCAAUCAAUCACUGGGUGUGUGUAAUGCCAGUUAUCUGCUGUGGAAUCAUCAUAUGAGUGUUAUUCCUCUGAAAUAUCCAGACUUUUUUUUUACAUCAGGACACAGGGUUGUCUUACAAGAUAAGUCACCCUUUAUACCAGGAUAAACACACACUGUUAGUCAUGUUUGAGGACACAGAGAAGCCAAGAUUCUAGUAUGAUUACAUUUUCAACAAUGAUGUUAGAUGAUGUAAGGAGUUAUAAUAGUUGUAUUUUAUAGAGUUUAAGAAGCAUUCAUAUAGUUAAAUGUCAUAUGCAAUUAAGAGUGUAUCUAUAAAGCUAAAUAUAAGCUAGGGCAGUAAACAGAAUAGCCAGUUUUACUUCAAAUGCCAGUUUUUAGAUAUCUUUAAAGUGAUUUUCUCUUGGAAUGUAUAAUAAUCUUAACUUAGGAAUCAUCAUAACUCUUUUUCUGGACUCAACAUUAUUUUCUGACCUGAAAUAUAUUUUUGUCAUAGCAUAUUUAGUUAUCUAAACUGUCCGAAUUGUCUUUAAUACGUCACAGUGGGAACCAUUCUUCUUACAGUUCAAAAUUAAUAAUCUUCAUUAUAAGUGUAAUAGAAAUCUAUCUUUAAAAAAAAAUCAUGGGCAUCAAAGUGUCACAAUUUUGUAGACUUAUUUCUUGAUAAGUAACUUUGACUAAAAAUAGGAAAUUGCUUUUUUAACUGAAAAUUGCCUUACGACACUUGAUGAAAGAUUAACCAGAAUAGACAACAAAUGAUAUAGGAUUUCUGAUACGGUAUAUGUUUAGUUUCAAACAAUAAUGAUAGUUUCAGAGUUCGAUAGACAAAAAAUAAUAUAUAUAUAUAUAUAUAUAUAUAUAUAUAUAUAUAUAUAUAUAUAUAUAUAUAUAUAUAUA